CCCCACGCCGGCGCUUCCCCGGGUCCUUCCGUGCGCGUUGAUAUGAUUGGCCGGCGAACUGUGACUCUCUUUUCCUCCUCGGCUGUCUAAGGAUAGGCCGCCAUCAUGAACGACACAGUAACUAUCCGCACUAGAAAGUUCAUGACCAACCGACUACUUCAGAGGAAACAAAUGGUCAUUGAUGUCCUUCACCCCGGGAAGGCAACAGUGCCUAAGACAGAAAUUCGGGAAAAACUAGCUAAAAUGUACAAGACCACACCGGAUGUCAUUUUUGUAUUUGGAUUCAGAACUCAUUUUGGUGGUGGCAAGACAACUGGCUUUGGCAUGAUUUAUGAUUCCCUGGAUUAUGCAAAGAAAAAUGAACCCAAACAUAGACUUGCAAGACAUGGCCUGUAUGAGAAGAAGAAGACCUCAAGAAAGCAACGAAAGGAACGCAAGAACAGAAUGAAGAAAGUCAGGGGGACUGCAAAGGCCAAUGUUGGUGCUGGCAAAAAGAAGUGACUCACUGGAGGAAGGUGAGUACUUUACCAGUAGGCACCUUUUAGCUUGCACUUGGGAAAUGUUAUGUCCCCAUACUUAGGAAGUGGCUUCAGUUACCACUGGGCUUGGGAAGGGCUCUCCUAUCCAAGGAGCAGUCUUUGGAGCCAUGAAACAGCCUGGCAGCUCUGGUCAUAAACUGGUCUGUGAAAUCUGGCAAAGCCUCUGUCCUGUUUAGAUACUCUCAGAGCUGCCUUUUACCAUUUCCAUUGCUUUUUAUUACUUGGUCUCCAGUUUUCUGUCUGGUGUCUUUUUUAUUUAAUAGAAAAUUUGUGUAUAAUUAUGUAUUCAUAUCAAAGGCUUUGGUGGAUAUACUUUUUCCCACAAGCACUUGGUCAGAAUGGCCCAUUACCCCAUUUUAUUUUAUUGUUUGAGACAGGGUCUCUUGUCACUCAGGCUAGAGUACAGUGGUAUGAUCAUUGCUUACUGGACCUCCUGGGCUUGGGUGAUUCUCCCACUUCAGCCUCCCUUGUAGCUGGGACCAUAGGUGUGUGCCACCAUGCCCUGCUAACCUUUUACAGAGACAGGAUUUAGCCAUGUUGCUUAGGCUGGUCCAGGUCAACUCCUGGACUUGAGUGAUCCUUUGUUUCAGCCUUCUAAAGUGCUGGGAUUACAGAUGUGAGCCACUGUGCUCAGCUUGCUACCCCAUUUAAAGCAAAUUUUGCACAUCUGAACAGCCUAAAAUUGUAAUGUGUAAAGAGGGGUAGGAGUGGGGUGAGCAUAGGGGGAUUUUGAAUCAGUGAAGGCCAUUGUUCUUCGGGCUUCCUUUUGCAAUGAUUCCUUCCCAGGGAAGGCAGUAAACCUGGGAUUGCCUGGCCAGGACUGUAAUCAGAUUGACGUCCCAUGAACUGCCAGCAGAACUACUCACUACUUAGAACCGCUCCCUGUUUGUGAGGAUUAUAUCUGUUGAGAGAAGUGGCAAAAAGAAUUAGUCAAUAUUUGUCCUCUGACCUAGGUCUGAGGGACAUUUAACACAUUGAUUCUUCUCUUCAUCCAGCCUUUGAGUCCUGCGAGUUAGUGUGCUCAGCCUCUGAAGCCCACAUGUAUGAAGGAACAUGUGGGGACCUGAGCCAACACCAUUCCUCCUUCAAAUUACACUCGUACCUCUUACUAGCGCUGCUGUGAAAAGCCAGCUGGAAAAAUUGAUGCAUUUGAGUACACAAAUUCGUCGGCUCCAAAGAAAUAACCAUAACAAUGUUGCUUUUAAUUCAGUUUUGUUCAGAUGUUAGAAGUGGUGUUUGUUCUUGUCUUUUGAAUCCAGUGGAGUUAAAUACUAAGUUAAUUUUUUUUUUCUUUUUGAGACGGGAGUCUCGCUUUGUCACCCAGGCUGGCAGGCUGGAGUGCAGUGUGGUGAUUUCAGCUAACUGCAACCUCCACCUGCCGGGUUCAAACAAUUCUCCUGCCUCAGCUUCCCAAGUAACUGGGACUAUAGGCGCGUGCCACCAUGCCCAGAUAAGUUUUUGUAUUUUUAGUAGAGAUGGAGUUUCAUCAUGCUGGCCAGACUUGCCUCGAAUUCCUGACCUCAUGAUCGGCUCGCUUUGGCCUCCCAAAGUGUUGGGAUUACAGGCGUGAGCCGUGGUUCGCAGCCUAUACUAAGUUACUUGUACUAAGACGUUAGUAGUCUCAUAUCUGCAUGAAAAGCAGUUGUAUUUUUAUUUCAGUUAAAUUAAUCCCUCUUUUUAAAUACUAACUCGUGUUACCGUUGUGGCUGUGAAUGGUGUCUUUUAAAGUAUUGAACUACGGCAGCUUUUGAAAUGCUUGCCUGGUCAUUUAGAGCACUCCCAUUGUGGUUAAAUUAGACUUUAAUGUGUAACGAUUCUCAUCGGUUCCUGGUGUGUGUCCAGCACAGUGUUGUUGGGCAGAGCAGAGGGGCAGAAGCUCAGGUAUGUACUUCAUUGACUUGUGGGCAAGGCCAUUCUGGGUACCAAAUUGGCAGUCUCUUCAUUGUGCAGCUACCUUGUUUGCGUAAGAACCACAGUAAUCAGGCAAGGUAUCAGUGAGACUUGGGGGGAAUAAAAUCAGUGAGUGUCGGAUGAGGCAGUGCUCUGUAUACAGUUGCAAAGAACAAAAUAGCCAUCUUAAGGUACACCUGAUUGCAUGCACUUAAAUGCAGAUUAUAUUGGAGUUUGAAAAGGGACUAUUAAUGAAAUUUUUCUUUUCCCUCCUUUCUCUCUUUCCCUUCCCCUGCCACUG